CUUCAUCUGACGAUUAUCAACAGCUUGUCAGAAGCAGUUGACAUUCAUACUCCUUACAUCUUAGGAAGUCUGUCACAAAGAAGUAGCCUAGGUACAGUCUGUGCAGGCGCAUAGUAACCUAGCCCUUACGUGCAUGGUAAUUAGUGAGGCCAGCACGGUCGGAGGGCACUGCGGCGGGCCGACGUGGGCUAGUGUAGCCUCGCCUUGCCCAGUUCGCCAGGCUCCUCUACCGUUCGAAGAUGUGGAGCUGCUAUGUCAGCAGAAGGAAUGGGCGACGACUCGCGCACAGCAGCAGCUGCUAUGGGAUACACUCCAGAGCUUGAAAGAGAAGGCGGCCCGCGCCUUUCAUUCCUCCGCAGCACAGGUCAAUGACGACCCCUUCAGAGAAACCUUUAGCGACGGUGGGCUGUAUGGAGUCAACUGCAACUAUGGAGUCGGCUUUCACGGCAUACAAGGCAGGCAGCCGAAAUGCGAGGACUACGUCCUCCAUCUGGCGUUGGGCCCGGACCUGUUCGCCCCUUUCGACGACUGCAAUCGCGCUUGCCUGGCUUGCGUCCUAGACGGUCAUGGCGGAACAGGCGCUGUGCAAUACGUAGCCGAGCGGUUUCCUUCCUACCUCCUCGCAGACUUGCCACGGCUCAGGUCACAUCCCGCAGCCGCCAUGCGUUCCGCCCUUCACCGUAUCGACGAGGAGCUCACCGCCCUCGGCCACAACAGCGGCACAACGGUCAACGCCCUGCUGCUGGUCAACAACCGCAUCACGGUGGUUAACACGGGCGACUGCCGCUGCAUCCUGUACGACUGGGUCGAGGAGCGUGCCGUACAAGUCACGCAGGACCAUAACUUGCUCAGCAGCCGCGAGCGCGAGCGGGUGCUCGGAGAGGGUGCGGAGAUUAGCGGCUGUGGCGGCUACGUGGUGCUGCCGUGCCCCAUGGAUGGCGCGAAGCUGCUGGGGGUGACUAAGGCUCUGGGGCACGCAAGCGUGAAGGCACUGCAGAGGUCUUACACGAUGACUUCCCUGGCCGGAAUACAGGAGCAGUUGGACCGGCAGCAGGAGCAGCAGCAGCACCCGCACGAGGCAGGUGGCUUGCCGCAGCAGCACUCGCUGCCGAGGCUGCAGCAGCAGCGGUCGCACCCGCAUGCGGACCCCAUGCGGCCCUCGCUGCUUGACUGUCUAGGAAGCGGCGGUGGCGGCAUGAUGGGGAGCGGGCUCGGAGGACUGGGAGGGAGUUUCAGGGCGGGGUAUGCUGGCGGCGCGGAGAGCCGCUUCAAGACCACCUCGGCACCCGGCCUGGCCUCGUGUUUCUUCGCUUCCAGCAGCGGCACGGGCAGCGGCAUGGGCGGGUGCUGCGAGCGCGCGGGCAGCAACGGUGCGGUGUUGCUGGCCGCGACGGUUACGGCUGCGACGGAUACGGGAAUGGCGCCGGCGGCGGAUGCGGAUAUCGAGUUGGCAGCGGUGGAUGCCAUCAGUUGCGGUGUAGCCAGCGGCAGCGGUAUGAGUGGCGUGAGUGAGGACUGCUCUGCGCUUGCACCUGCGGGGCCGGAGGAUGUGGAUGCGGACAUGUGCGACCGCAUGUGCUGCUCCUCGGGUGCGGGAGCUCAGCAGCAGCAGCAGGAGCACCAACGGCAGCAGCAUCCCGGGAAGUCCCAGUUUGCGGGGCUUGCGGGCACAGCUGCCUCAUCAGUGGCAGCAACGGGAGCAGCAGGGGAGGAGCUUUGUAGAGCCUCUCCGUCCCCCUCGAGCAUUCCGCGGUUUAGCAGCAACGGUGCCACCACCCUCAAGGACAGGACCCUGAGCAGCAGCAGCAGCCUUCCCUACCACAUCAGCAACGGCAACAACAACACCAGCUUUGCUUCCCCUGGGGGGGCGGUUGCCGCGGCGGUGGCGGCCUCCCUCUGUCCGGCAGCGUCGGACAAGCUCCCACUGAACGAGCCUUUGAAUGGUGGCAUGGGCAUGGGCGGGGCGGGAGGCUUCCCGGGAGGCGAUCUGCCCAUCCGCAGCGCCUCUUUAGCAUCCGUUAGUACCCUAGGCGGCGGUUUUCAGUUGACGUGCGAACCUGACGACUUCGAGUUUACGGUCGAAGACGACAGGCACAUGGUUUUGCUUGGCUGCGACGGCGUGUUUGACCGAAUGAACAACUCGGAGGCUUGCAAGACGGCCCUUCGUCAGCUGACCAAUAACAACAGCUGCGCAGAUGCAGCUCGCGAGGUCACCCACCGCGCAUGUCGUCUGGGGUCUGUGGACAACAUCACGGCGCUGGUGCUGCGCUUUGGCCGCAGACCCAUUGUGCGGAGGCAGAGCUUUAGCGUGCUGUCCCUUCGGAGGUCAAGCAGCAACGCCAGUGCUGAUUUGGCGGCAUCGGGUGCCGGCUGCGCACCGCAGGUGCCCAGUCCUAGCCCGGGAGCAUCCCCGGUGCCUGCAGGGGUGCUAGGAGGUGCGGGGCUGGUACGGCACCUGUAAGGCAGCUGUGAGGAGAGAAGAUUAUGCUAGCGUGGGCUGACUGUGUAUGACCGGGGCUUUGACAUGGUGUUUCGGUGUUACCGGUAGUGAUGGUGUGUUGCUCUGGUGGUGGGGUUGCGCUUGCAGGGGCUCGGAGGGCUUCGGGGUGACACGAUUGGCAGCGUUUGUAAUGCAUCAAUGAGAACGUUGUCGCAUUGGGCGCUUGCAAGAGGUGUAAACUCGAAGCGAGACGACUUGAGGAGGCCUGGGGUUGCGCUUGCAGGGAGGGUUGGUUGGGCAAUAUUAGUGUGCCUCGUGUGGUGUUAGCUAUGGGUAUUUAGAUGGUGCAGACUCCUUGAUAGACACUGUUGGUUCUUUAAUGGCAGUAGUGGUGGCGCUGCUGCCGUUACCAUCACGAUUAGCUUUCAUAUGGUGUUGUUUAAUAGCAGAAGUGGUCAGUCCCUUCUGAUUGACACCGGAACUAUGAGGCGCGCGCAUCUGCGCUGCUUUGGCUUAUUUGGAACAUGAUACCAGGAAUGGUGAGGUGAGACUGGGCCUCUAGCGGCUCUUGGCUAAGGAACCUGAUGGGGGGCUUAUUCAGGCAUGGCUGGGAGGUCAUUUUGUGGCAUUAAGCACAUGUGACAGCGUUACGCGUCACCCCUUACCACACGUUGCAUCCUCAGUUGUAAAGGGUGGGAAAGAGGACUUGUCGAGUCCUUUCAUUGGGUCGAGUUGCUGUUGGGUAGUUGGUCAGUUGAUUGGUGUGAAUGUGCGUCGUCCUUUGCAGUUUGGUGGCAGUCUGGUGACAUUAUGGCACGUGCGUGGUCUUGUGGGGGUAGUUCUUCUUCCAGCGAUGGUUGACCUCCGAUGACAAGACAUGUCAGAGCAUCCUGCCUUUUUCCUUUCCUUUUGAAUUCGGGAAUGCGUUGGGGGCUUUUGCCUUUGUCUGCUUGGUGCUGCCAUACCUACAAAAAGAGAAGACAAAAGAACCAGCAUUUAGAUGACGGUGUUUCAGGUAUGACACGGACAUUCUGGGGAUCUCCUGACGUGUGAAAUGACAACAAUUGUUGUACUGACCCGUAACGUGGGGUCCUUUUUUGAGUCGUGUGUGUUGCAUGUGAGCAUUCCCUUUUGAGCUUUUGUGCCCCUUGUGUGCUUUUGUGUGUGAGGCGCGAAGUGGCGCUGGUACACGGCUGCUAUGUAGGGCCUCUUAGGAGCGGUGUCACUUGUUUAUGCAAGACUGCAUUGGGGCUGUGAUGUCACAAAAGGGCCAUCGGGGUGUUGUUCGUACGCUCUAAGGCAGGAUGAAACGUCGUAGCGUAGCGGAGCUGAGUGACACUGAGAGAUAGACAGGAGAGGUUGGCAACUUACCUUCCAAUCUUUUAUAGAUAGCACACUUUUUAUGUCGUUGAUAGGAGCGCUGCCGCCUGCCCGUGCGUUUUGCCGCGGCUUGGGGAGUAGGAACGCAGACUAUUUCGAGAUGACACCCGCUUAAUUGCACCUCAACAUAUAAACAUACAUGACCUUGUCCCAACGGGUUUGCGAGAACGCUUUGUUGAGCGAUCCUGCAAUGACCGUGUUACUGGCUUUGUGAGUUGUGUCCUCCUGGCGUGCCCUUUCGUUGUAGCCUGUUGGCUUCCUGACGUCAUUUCGUCUGGCGCGUGUGCCUACCUGUCUGUCCAUGCGCCUUCAACUGCAGAGGAGGUGUGUGCCUGCUAAGCCGGUCCCCUUCCCCAUCUGCGGCAUUCCUAUUGUAUGACGGAAUAAGGUUGGAAACUGAAGGACGCAUGGUGCGUGUGUGCGUGUGGACCAACAAUUUUGGCGGACCGGUGUCAGGUGUCUCUUCUUUCCUUCGUCGUGCUGUGUGGGCAAGGCGGUUGCACGCAGAGAUUGCACACGCAGGGUGACGUGAUGUGCGGGUGAAGGGUGUGCCCGGGGCAGCUAGGGAAGUAUCGCCUACUUGGCUGCAAGGUAAGCGCCUUUUGAAACAGGAAACGUUUAUACAUGUGUAGGGUUGAUACCCAGGGCAAAAGCUGCUGCUAAUUACAGCACCUGUUGUCGCUUUGUGUGAUGCAAGUGUAGGGAGAGAAGUUGUGAGGUUAGAACUUCAUUAGGGGCACUGAAACAGUACAAUGCAGCUACACAGUCAUUACAUGGGCCAACGCUGCUUGUCAUGUAAAUUAUCUGUACCUCC